AUGGCCGGCGCCCAGCCGGGGGUCCACGCCUUAAAACUCCAGCCGCCCGCCGUGUCCCGGACCCUGAGGAACGGGAGCAACUUCAUCAAAUGGGACGAGGAUCUUUCCACUGUAACUCCCGUGACUCUCUACGUGGAUCCUCACGGACUUUAUCUCUACUGGACCGACCAGAACAAGGAGACAGAGUUGUUAGAUUUAACCCACGUGAAAGAUGUCCGGACGGGCAGAAGCACCAAAACAGCCAAGGAGGCCAAACUGCGGGAGCUGCUGGACGUGGGCAACCUGGUGGGCCGGCUGGAGAACCGCAUGGUCACCGUGGUGACGGCCUCGGACAUCGUCAACGUCAACCAGAUCAUCUUCAUCGCCUCGCAGGAGGACGAGGCCAAGGUGUGGUGUGAGGAGCUCUUUUGCCUGUCGUCCAACCUGCUGAGCCACAACCUCAACAGAGACCACAGUCUCCUUAAAGCGUACGUGAAGCUGACCCUCCAGCCCACCGCCGAGGGCCGAAUCCCCGUCAAGAAUAUUGUUCGCUUGUUCUCGUCGGACAGAAAGCGAGUGGAGAACGCGCUGGAGAACUGCCGACUUCCUUACGGGCGGGGUGACGGCAUCAAACUGGAGGAUUUCACUUUGGAGGUGUACAAGAGCUUCCUGGAGCACCUUUGCCCUCGUCCGGAGUUCGCCAACAUCUUUAAACUUCAGGGAGGCGACGGCGGGACGAUUUCGGUGGAUCAGAUGACCGAAUUCAUCAACAACAAGCAGAGGGACCCCAGACUCAACGAGAUCCUGUACCCGCCUCUCAGGCCGGCUCAGACCCAAACGCUCCUCGAGAGGCACCAGAGCAACACAACGCUGCUGGAGCGUGGCCUGAUCUCGACGCAGGCCUUCUGCAGUUACCUGUCGAGCGACGACAACGGCGUCAUCCCUCCGGAAAAACUGGACCAGUCUGAGGACAUGAGCUUCCCUCUGUCACACUAUUUCGUCAACUCCUCGCACAACACCUACCUGACAGCGGGCCAGCUGGCAGGCAGCUCGUCGGUGGAGAUGUACCGGCAGGUUCUGCUGGCCGGCUGCCGCUGCGUCGAGCUGGACGUGUGGAAAGGUCGCACGGCCGAGGAGGAGCCCGUCAUCACGCACGGCUUCACCAUGACCUCGGAGAUCUCCUUCAAGGAAGUAAUUGAGGCCAUUGCCGAGUGCGCCUUCAAGACCUCGCCUUUCCCGGUCAUCUUGUCUUUUGAGAAUCACGUCGACUCUCUGAAGCAGCAGGCCAAAAUGGCGGAAUAUUGUCGAUCCAUCUUUGGGGAAGCGUUACUGAUCGACCCGCUGGACAAAUACCCGCUGGAGUCGGGCACGCCGCUGCCCAGUCCUCAGGAGCUGAUGGGCAAGAUCCUGAUCAAGAACAAGAAAUCCCACAAAGCCUCCGCCGGCGGCGGCGGAGACAUCAAGAGGCUGACGGAGCAGCCGUCCAAUCAGGAGCCCGAGCCCGUGUCGCCUAGCAACAACACGACAGCGGAGGUGGAGGCUGAGAGCGAGGAAGACGACGAUGACGACGACGACGACGGCAAAAAGGGCUCGGCGGCGCGCGAGGCCGUGGCCACGGAGGAGAUGUCCACUCUGGUCAACUACGUGCAGCCCACCAAGUUCAACACCUUCGAAGCCUCCAAGAAGGCGGCCCGCUGCUACCACAUGUCGUCAUUUGUGGAGACCAAAGCUCUGGAGCACCUCACCAAGUCACCGGUGGAGUUUGUGGAAUAUAAUAAAUCCCAGCUGAGUCGGAUCUAUCCCAAAGGAACCCGAGUGGACUCGUCCAACUUCAUGCCGCAGCUUUUCUGGAACGCCGGCUGUCAACUGGUGGCUCUCAAUUAUCAAACCAUAGAUCUGUCCAUGCAGUUGAACCUCUUCAUGUUCGAGUACAACGGUCGCAGCGGUUACAGGCUGAAGCCCGAGUUCAUGCGGCGGCCGGACAAACACUUUGACCCGUUCACGGAGAACACGGUGGACGGUAUCGUCGCCAACACCCUCUCCGUCAAGGUGAUCUCGGGCCAGUUCCUCACCGAGCGCAGGGUGGGCGUCUACGUGGAAGUGGAGAUGUUUGGCCUUCCCGUGGACACCAGGAGGAAAGCGCUCAAGACCAAAACCUCGCAGAACAACAACGCCGUCAACCCGGUGUGGGACGAGGAACCCGUCGUCUUCAAGAAGGUGAUCCUCCCCACCUUGGCCUCGCUGAGAAUCGCCGCCUUCGAGGAAGGAGGGAAGUUCAUCGGCCAUCGCAUCAUUCCGGUGUCUGCCGUGCGACCCGGUUAUCGUUACAUCGGCCUGAGGAACGAGAGGAACCAGUCUCUUAUCCUGCCCGCCGUGUUCGUCUACAUCGAAGUCAAAGACUACGUCCCAGACACUUUUGCAGACGUGAUCGAGGCGCUGUCCAACCCGAUUCGAUACGUCAACCUGCUGGAGCAGCGUUCCAAGCAGCUGGCCGCGCUGACGCUGGAGGACGGCGACGGCGACGACGAGGACGCGGCGCACGCCGAGGACGACGCCAACAGCUGCGCCGAGCGCAAAAACGAUCCCAAGUCAGCGUUGGUGGAGAACGGACUGAGCCCGGCGCCAGGACCCACGGGCCACGCCCCCGUCGCCGCUGCGCCCAAACCCUCUGCGGCCAAUCAGCAAGCGGCCGCUACAGAUGCGGCCAAACCGCCAGCAAAGACGGAAGAUUUGGUCUUAAGCGUUCUGAUAGACGUGCCCGUGUGCACGCUGACCGGCCUGCGGCAGUCCAAAUCGUACCAGAAGGAGCAGCGGCGUCAGUUCAAGGAGCUGAAGGAGCUGGUGAGGAGGCACCAGAAGAAGACGUCGGAGCUCCUGCGCGAGAUCAACAACAAGUACAAAAAGAGGGCCAGGCAGUGCGGCAAGAGCAGGGGCUCGUCGUCCGAGGAGCCGGACGAGCGUCUGCGGGCGCUGCGAGACGAGCAGCACGAGCAGCUGCUGGCGCUCAGGCAGGAACAGUACUACAGCCAGAAGUAUCUGCAGAGGGAACACGUCAAGACGCUGAGCGAGCGUCUCAGCAGCCUGGCGGAGGAGAAUCACAGCACGCAGAUGAAGAAACUCAAAGACGUCUGCAGCAAGGAGAAGAAGGAGCUGAAGAGGCAGAUGGACAGAAGAAGAACUGAGAAAAUCAACUUGGCCAAGACCAAAGAGAAACAUCUGGCAGAAGAAGAGAAGAUGGAGAUCAAUAAGUCGUACGUCAACGAAGUGGUGCAGAACAUCAAACGGCUGGAGGAGACUCAGGCCAAGCGUCACGAGCAGCUGCUGGAGCAACACGAUCGUCUGCUGCAGGAGAUCAACGAGCAGAAACCAAAGCUGCAGGGCGCCAUCGAGGCCGAGUUUCAGGAGAAGUUCGAACUGUUGCCCGGCGAGAUCCGCGACUUCCUGCAGGACAGGAGGCCCGAGGUCAGAGGGCGCAGCGAGUCCCGACCGUCCACCCCAAACGAGUUUCUCUCCGAGGACGACUGAGCGAGCGGGCGAGGAUCACGUGAACAUGGCGGCCGUGGGCGUGGAGGAAGCCAGACUGUUAACCGUUCCAGACUUUGUGCGCAAUGACGACUCAAAUUUUUCUUUUUCUUUUUUUUUUUUUUUUAAAUCUCGCAUGCUCUUUGAUGUACCUCACCAUUUAAUAGGCUUCGUUAAGUUCCAUUUGAAUCAUCUACAUGCUCGAUCUGUUUAUUAUUUCUAUCUGCUUACCUUCACUACUUACCAGCCUGCGUAUAGCAAACCAACCAAGUUACAAAACUUGCUCGUGUAUGUUUUUUUUUUACCUACGUACAACCAAAUUUUCUACUUAUCUGCCAAGCGACUCAUUGGUUGAUUGAUUGAUUGAUUGAUUGACAUGCCAACCGAUUUAUUUUACCUACCAGCCUACUCUAGUGACCAACCAGCAGAGCUACUGUAGAUCGGAUGAUCUAUCAACCCUUUCCAUCCAUCUCUUCUCUGCCAACCUACCAAACUACCCAUCCACCCAUUGUAUUUGCCGCUUAUCCUCACGAGGGUCGCCGGGAG